CCCCCCCACCGCGGCAGAGAGCGCCGGGAGCCCCCCCGAGUCGCGAGUCGAGCCAUGGCGCCUGCUGCUGCGGCUGCUGCGUGGAGCGAGCUGCGCGUGAAGCUGCGAGUGGCGCUCAGCGCCGUGGGCGCCCUCGUGGGCGCCUCCGUGUUCGCCGUGUGGAGCCUCCACUACGGGCAGCCCUACACGGGGGCCUGCGGAGGCCUCUCCGGUGUGCUGGCCAUAUGGACGCUGGUGACCCAUGUGAUGUACAUCAAGGAUUACUGGCGGACCUGGAUACAGGGCCUGAGGUUCUUCUUUACUGUGGGCGUGAGCUUCCAAGUGAUUGCCCUGGUGGGCUUCAUCACCUUCUUGGCAUUGGCCAUCUCCGCACAUCAGGCCCUGACAGACCCCACAAGCCUAUACAUUACUUGUAUUUGGUGCCUAAUGACUUUGAAGUGGGCAUUCUUUCUCUCAUACUAUGCUCACCACUACCACGAGGAAUGUGCUGAUGUUAAUACCCUCGAUGAUAUCUAAGGCCAUGCUACACGCGCAACAUUUUCAAGGGCAUCAGCAUCGAGAGUGGUAAACGGUGGUGAAUAAAGAUGCAUUUUUGCAACAUGCUGUUUUCUGCUAGCACAGUUUUCUAGACUUUAAACUGCAUAUCUACAUUUUAUUAGACAUAUAUGUGCGAGGAAGGAGGGUUCUUGCCCAGAACGUCACCUAUUGUUUUUUUGUUCUUAAGGCCACAUAGAGGCUAUUGACAAAAAGUAUUUUUUUUUGCGUUUGUGCACCACUGCCAACGCAGUUCACCAAAUACUUUGUUCAACUGAUUGAGAUCAGAUUUUGAUUGUUGCUUCAAUAUCCAGUGAUGCAAUACUGUACUGUAUAACUUAAAUUGUUACAAAUAAAGUAAAAACUGUAAUUAUUUGUAAAAUAUAUGUUAAUUUACUUCUCUUGAAAAUGUGCUGUACUUAUCUGCUGACAAGCUAUUGUCUCUAUGUGUAAUUAUAAAUCAAACAAUGGAUUUAGUGAUGCUGCGUGCAGUGGUGACACGACCACAAUGACCAAGAGCCCAACAUAUUAAUUUAUAAUACGCCUGCCUUUAAAGUAAACAUUCUAUAAUAAGUGACCUUUCGGACCAUUACCUUCGUCUGAAAUGUGUAAUUGAGGAAUGUGUUGAAAUGUUGUAAUUAAAAGCAGCCUCUGACCUAUGGUUGCCUUUUCCCAAAAUCGGAUUCUAAAAUGUAAUGGUUUUUAUUGGAAUAUUUUGAGUACACAUAUGUUAAGAUUGAACAUUUGGAAUUCACCUCCGCGUAACCCCGUUUUUUGUUUGUGGACCCUGCAAUUUCUCACCUCUGCAACCCCGUGAUACAGAGAAUAAAAUUGCGCCCUUUGCCUCGUGCCCCGAGCUCUGCUUGUAAACGUUUAGCUGUUGCCAUAUGGCCUUGAGCCGGAUUGCUCAUGAGUAAACCCCACUUUAUGCAGCCCAAGAUGAGCACAUGAUUCGCUGUUACCCUCCCUCACGUGUUGAAGCACCCCGCAUAUGGGGAAGGGAGAGAGUAAUUUUGGUCUUGACAGGAACAAUGUCAUACUUCCCCUGGAACACUCAGUGGAGGGGAUACACAUUAACAUGCAUCUUGGGGGAUGAUGUGGGUAAUGUGAAUGUCACUUUAUUAAUAAUACGAGGAAUAUGAGUAUCAAAAACAUAUUAAAGAUAAUACUAACAAUGAUAUUCAUAUUAACAAUACUACAGGAAUACCCUGUUAUACCUAAUGGACAUGUCCCUUUAAAUCCUACUUAAUUCAAUUACUUAAAGCGAACUCUAAUUUCCUAGAGCCAUUAUAUAAAAAUUGGCAGUUGCGUUCCUAGCUGACAUUUCUGGGAAAAAAUGCAUGGCUAAAUGUUAUGAAGUGUACAAAAAUGCAUAUUUUUCAUACGUUAAUAUACAUUGCAACUCAUAAUAAAUACGAAUAAUGAGAUGCAAAUUUCGAUUUAAAGCUUUCAUGGCUGCAGGGAUUCAUAUUCUUGGUUCUUUCGGUAAAGUCACGUAGAAUGGAAAUAAUAAAAUAAUAAAAUUUUACAUAAAAAUAAAACAAUAAAAUUCUCACGAGGUUUCGAUUGCAACACAAGCAAUCAUCAUCAGGUGUGAAAACCACAUUUUCUUGCUGUGGUUUUCACAUCUGAUGAUGAUUGCUUGUGUUGCAAUCGAAAUGUCGUGAGAAUUUAAUUGUUUGAUUUUUAUUAUUUUAUUAUUUCCCUUCUACGUGGCUUUACCGAAAGAAUUAAGAAAAAUAUUUACACCUUAUGUAGAUUUUGAAAUUCAGUCACCUUUACAUACUAUAUGAAUACAAAUUGUGGUUUUUUUUCAAAAGUGUUGUAAAUGUGUGAUUGUGAGGAACAGUAGUGUCAUGAUAAGUGCAAUACUCUUAAAGUAAGUAUUGCUGUCCUGGGUUACGUUUGUAUACCAUGGACAUCGGUGGCACAUUAUAUGUCAGCCAUACCAGGGACACAGAAGCAGUUGAGUACCUAGUUAUUUUUACCCACUGUUGGCAAUAUUUUCGGUACUUACAUGAUUGCACGUUGUAAUUGGUUGUGUUUUUUUCCAUUCCAGCAAUAAGGAUUUGGGUUCAAUCUUUAUUAUUAUUAAAUAGCUCAGCUGAAAUUUGGAUUUGAUUCGAUUUGGUUCUGAUGGAUUCAUCCCAUUUCUUCGAAUAAAAAACAAAUAUGGCAUAGCUAAGUAAUUUUCGUUACAUUUUCAGUGGAUGUUUUAGAGUGAGUGCUUGUGGAUGUUGUCCUAAGUUUUAACACCGAUGGAAAGUGAUUCCAAUAUGUGAUUAUGAUAGUUAAAAUGAUGUGUAUGUAUGAAAAAUUCGGUAAUACAGAGUCUGAGUCAUCAAAGAAAAAUAAAGUGUAUUUACAAUCUAUACACAA